AUGGUCUCAAAAACACACAAACACUCCAAAUCGCGACAAGACAAAUCAGAAUCCCGAUCUUGCCGCACCAAGCCAGAGUUGGCUGAGUUCUUCGAAUCGGUGGACGAACGGAUGAAAAGUUUGGCCAUCGCUCGAAAGCCCUACAAAGCUCGAAAUAAUAAGGAAAUAUCCGUCAAACCUGGAGAUGUCUUUGAGGUUCUUGACGAUGAUGGCGCUUGGUGGUGUCUGCGUGCUCCCUCGGGCAAAGCCGGACACGUUCCAAAAUCUCAUUUGGAAGCCAUUACCAAUCCAAUGACCCCAUAUGGACGUAGCUACGAUUCCUCACCUGACCCAAUAAUUGUAAAAGUGCCAGUUAUUGUCAAGACAUCAGUUCAACGAGAGUCGGGUGAGGAAAUUAUUCGACCACGGACGCCAUCGGCUAGACGUGAACAGAACCUCCAGGUUACAAGAUCGUCUUCACCAUUUCAAAUUCCAGCCCCGCCGCCAGCCAUGAACAGGCCACUUUCACAGCUCCCACCUAAAAUGUCCCCCAGCCGCCGGGAUCGAUCACCUGCAACACGAACUUACGUUAAGGAGCUAGUUCGUCGGUCACCGGAGUCAUCCCGGAAGCAUCAUAAUACCCGAUCAAGCAGCAAUCGGCCGCACAGGUUCUCUCGCAGUAGCAGCAGCAGCAGUAGUAGCAGUAGCAGCAGCAGCAGCCUCUCAAGCUCUGACGACAGUUCAAAUUAUGAGAACCAGCCCAGGAAAUCGUAUGGCUCGCGUGUCAUCCACAAAUCGAGGGCCCAUAUUCACCGUUCACCGUCUGGGUGUAAUGGUCACAUGAGGUCCCACUGCCGCGAAGGGGCGCCCUGCUCUGUCCACUGUGUCCGGCAUUCAUGUCCAGUCCACUGCAUGAAGGAUAAGAGGUCAAGCCAGAGUCCGCCGCACUCGCCUGCUAGGAGUGACUCGUCACAGGAUAAACCACCGCAGCAGGUCUUCAUCAUCCUUGAACCACCGAAGCAAGAACAGUCGCCGGCCGAAGUGGAACAGGCGGCGGUAUCGGCAUCGGCGGUGACGGCGCCUGAAGAGUACCAGCAAGACGGCACUGCCGCUGCGCCUAUCCAGAUUCUUGUCACGCCAGGUGGUCAAUUCACCUCCUCGAUGACUGUGGCGCCUCAGUUUCCUCAGUACGGCCAAGCAGUCCAGCAAACAUCAAUGCAAAUGGGCGGUCUGGGGAACAUGCCAUGGUUCAAUCAACCUUACUACCCGACCUAUGCAUGA